UUAAUGUCAUUCUAGAUCCAGAUCCCUCUGCUCGCCAGCCUAUCGCUUUUGCAUUUAACUUUAAGUUAAAAGUUUGAAUCAACAAGUUUCAAGAUGGAGGAAAUUGGUGUUACAGUCGCUUCGGAUGUUGCAGUUCUCACUCCUCCAUCUACAGCAACAAGUUGUGCAUCUACCCUCCAAACUGUUGAUCCAAACCUAGAUGACUUGUAUAUGAAAUAUAAAAAGCUGCAAAAGCAAUUGGAAUUUCUGGAGGUGCAAGAAGAAUACAUAAAAGAUGAACAAAAAAAUUUAAAAAAGGAAUAUUUACAUGCUCAAGAAGAGGUGAAACGAAUCCAAUCUGUUCCAUUAGUCAUCGGUCAAUUCCUAGAAGCUAUAGAUCAAAAUACUGGUAUUGUUGGAUCAACUACUGGUUCUAAUUAUUAUGUUAGAAUACUAAGCACAAUAGAUCGUGAACUGUUGAAACCGAAUGCUUCAGUCGCAUUACAUAAACAUUCAAAUGCCUUAGUUGACAUUCUUCCGCCAGAAGCAGACAGUAGCAUAUCUAUGUUACAAGCUGACGAAAAACCUGAAGUCUCAUACGCAGACAUAGGAGGUAUGGAUAUCCAAAAGCAGGAGAUGCGAGAAGCUGUCGAACUUCCUUUAACACAUUUUGAAUUAUACAAACAAAUCGGCAUCGAUCCACCGAGGGGUGUGCUAAUGUACGGACCGCCAGGAUGCGGAAAGACUAUGUUAGCAAAAGCCGUCGCACAUCACACGACGGCGUCUUUUAUACGUGUCGUCGGAUCGGAAUUCGUUCAAAAGUACUUAGGCGAAGGCCCACGUAUGGUGCGGGACGUGUUUAGGUUGGCUAAAGAAAAUGCUCCAGCAAUAAUUUUCAUUGACGAAAUCGAUGCUAUAGCAACGAAACGAUUCGACGCACAAACUGGCGCUGAUCGAGAAGUUCAAAGAAUUUUGUUAGAAUUACUCAAUCAAAUGGACGGUUUUGAUCAGAACGUCAACGUUAAGGUAAUCAUGGCAACGAACAGACACGAUACAUUAGAUCCUGCUCUCCUGCGACCUGGCCGGUUGGAUCGAAAGAUAGAGUUUCCACUACCCGAUCGUCGUCAAAAACGUCUUAUAUUUUCGACCAUCACCGGGAAAAUGAACUUAUCUGACGAAGUCGACUUAGAAGAUUAUGUUGCUCGACCGGAUAAAAUCUCUGGCGCUGAUAUAAACGCAAUUAUUCAAGAAGCUGGCAUGCAAGCUGUUCGUGAAAACAGAUACAUAGUAUUAGCUAAAGACUUUGAGAAAGGAUACAAGAACAAUAUCAAAAAAGACGAACAAGAACAUGAAUUUUACAGAUAGUUGUCAUGGGGAUAUAUGCGUACCAUCCUCGUUCCCAGGACUCUAUUAGUGUGUUCAGUUGUUGUGCUUCUUAUUAUCAAUAGCUAGUUUGUAUAUUAUUAAAUGUGGAAAUACGAUGUCACAAAAAAAA